AUGAAUGUACUGAGGUAGACUGUUCCACAACCUAGCGGCUCUGAAGCAGUGAACAAAGAGAAUGCUAAACCUCUCUUUAUCCAAAACGCGACUUCUUCUUUAACUGCCCUGAAAUGGAAAAAGUGUUUUUCUCCGUACCCAGGCAUGACACGGAUGCAUUUUUAAUGAUGUUUUUCAUAUUUGUCAAACGUCGAAUAAUCACAUGAUCAGUACAUAUUUGACGUUUGAAUUCAGAUGUAUAUCUGACACAUAUCGAGAGUAUCUGAUCAGAUCUUGUAUCAUCUGGGAUCGAAGGCUUUUCGACAAAUUUUGUUCCUCUGAUUAGGGUGUUAUUUUGAUAAGCGUGACGUCGUGUGAUCCAAGAAUGCUGGUCUUUCUAAUUAUUCUGCUUGGUUCUUCAACCAUUCAACGCACAGAUGCAUUAUGUCCCAGUGGAUGGGAGAGCAUUGGUCACGGGUGCUACAAGUACUUGGGGGAUGCAAAGUUCACAUAUUCCGAAGCGGUUUCACGAUGUAGCUCGAUUGGUGGGACACUCUUCGUUCCCAAUAGUAACGAUGAGCUUCAUGCUGUCACCAGGGCUAGGAACCCAUACCCUUACUGGGUUGGAUGUACGUAUGAAGCUAUGGAGGGUACCUUCCCAUGUGAAGACGGCACACAGUUAGAUGUUAAUAGUACUUGGUGGGCAACCUCGUGGGCACCCAUCACCCGUCCCCCCAAUACCACUAAUAGCUGCCUCUUCUAUUCCUACAACUACUCUGGCUUGGUUAAAGUUCAUUGUCAUUUAACUGGGGAAACACUUUGUGAAGCUAAACCGAAGACGACCCCCAACAAGUCUGCCGGCUUCUUCUCCAUUGCUAAGGACAACGACGGACGCCCUCUGAUUGGCCACUGUCUAACUGAUCACGUGAUAAAGACAGUGCCAGCCAAAACCAAGCUGCGUUGCGCCGCAGAAUGCAUCCACGAAGCUGGUUGCAAGUCCAUCAAUUACAAAGACGGAGUAUGCGAGCUGAAUGAAGAAACAAGAGCGAGCGUUCUUUCUAGCUACUUCUCCCAAUAUGAUGGAUGCAGUUACUAUGAGCUUAUCUAAAAAAA